CAUAUUAUUAUCAUCAAACUAAACUUUAAAUCAACUAUUACUACUACUACAAAAUACUUCUAUAUACCCUAAAAUGGCUUCCUCUUCUCUUAUUUUCAGUGUACUACUUGUUUUCUUAAUUGCCACGGCCUCGGCUGUCGGUAAUUUUAAUCAAAAUUUCGAUAUUACUUGGGGUGAUGGCCGUGCUAAGAUUCUUAAUAACGGCCAGCUUCUUACCCUUUCACUAGAUAAGGGCUCCGGCUCUGGCUUCCAAUCUAAGAGCGAGUAUCUCUUUGGAAAAAUUGAUAUGCAGAUCAAACUCGUGCCUGGAAAUUCAGCCGGAACUGUUACCGCUUAUUACUUGUCAUCUCAAGGACCAACCCAUGACGAAAUAGACUUUGAAUUCUUGGGUAAUGUAAGUGGUCAACCUUACACUCUUCAUACAAAUGUAUUUAGUCAAGGCAAAGGUGGGCGAGAACAACAAUUCCGCCUUUGGUUCGACCCAACUACGGAUUUCCACACCUAUUCCAUCCUCUGGAAUCCUCAAAGGAUUGUAUUUUCCGUAGAUGGAACACCCAUAAGAGAAUUCAAGAACUUAGAAUCUAUGGGAGUACCCUUCCCAAAAAACCAAGCAAUGAGAAUAUACUCGAGCUUAUGGAACGCAGACGAUUGGGCAACACAAGGUGGUCGAGUCAAGACAGAUUGGUCUAAGGCUCCAUUUACCGCUUCUUACAGGAACUUCAUUGCUAAUGCUUGUGUUGUAGCCAAUGGAAAAUCUUCCUGCACUUCUGGAUCUUCAUGGAUGAACCAACAGCUAGACACUACAGGACAGAGUAGAAUGCAAUGGGUUCAGAAAAACUACAUGAUUUACAAUUAUUGUACUGAUUUUCAAAGGUUUCCUCAAGGUCUUCCUAAAGAAUGUACCGUCGCUUAAUUUUUACUGUCCCAAAUGUGUUUUUUCUUCAUGAGUUUGAUGCUUUAAUUAAUGUUUUGUGUUAGUUUUUUUUUCUUUUUUUUUUUUGGUAUUGAUUCGUUUUUGUACAAAAAGGUUUAUAAAUAAGAAUGAUUAAUUAUUUUAUUGUAAUCAUAAUCUCUAUGAAAUGAUAUUUAUACUUAGUUUUUGGAGAUAAA